UCCUGUUGGAGGAAGGCGAGUACUGGCGCGGAGAGAUGACGGACGGAGGACACAUCAGUGCUUGAGUAAAGGAAAGAAUCUGGUGGAUACUUUGGAUGGAGUUGUACAGUAAGACAACUACGGUAAAACAAGAAAUAAAACGAAAGAGGGUUACUGAGCCUCUUCUUCUGCCCCGUUUAUAAAAGUUUUAUUACACAUUCUAUGAUUGGGCAAUUGAGACUUUGUAAUAAUGGGAAGAAGCUACUUCGUGGAGGAAACUGUCGGACAAUAUUUAUCAGACUUGAAUGCUAAAUCAAAAAGACUUAUUACUGGUCUUUUAAUAGGGCAGUGUACCCAGCAAAGAGACUAUGUUUUGCUGGCUAUUCAAACUCCUGUAAAAGAGGAAGAAAGUAACAGUAGUGCAAACCACCAUACAAACUUGUCUAAUAUUGAUGAAGAAUGGACAGCAGCACAUGCCAGACAAGUAUCAAGAAUGCUUCCUGGAGGACUGCUAGUUGUUGGUGUUUUUAUCAUUUCAGUUCCAGAGCUGGCAAAAGAAAUCCAAAAUAUCCUGCGGAAGCUUCUUUUUUCAAUAGAAAAGUCUGCAGCUAGAAAGAGAUUGUGGAGCAUUUCAGAAGAAGAUGUCUCAGAUAGAGUGGCGCUUCAUCUUUGUUCAACUACAAAGAAAAUACUUUGUCGUACCUACGAUGUGCAAGAUCCAAAGAGUACAGCUAAGCCGGCAGACUGGAAAUACCAGAAUGCUCUUUCUGCUUCCUGGCUAUCGUUAGAAUGCACAAUUAAUGUUAAUAUACAUAUUCCUCUCCCUGCCACCUUGGCCAGCCACAACUUAGAAAAAAAUAUAAGGAAUGGAUUGGGACGUUGGGCCCAACAGAUAGAGGAGGCUGUCUUUUUGAUCAAUGGACAAGCCAGACAGGAAGAUGCUGACUUACUGGAAGGGCAGAAAAAAUCAAGAGGAUAUAUGACAUCAGCUACUAGGAAUCUUGAUGUUAAGGUCUUAACACAAUUGAUGCAAAGUACAAACUCCAGAUCAACAGCUACGGUCCAAAUCUGCAGUGGCUCCAUAAAUCUCCAUAAAGGAGCUUUAAAAUGUAAAGCUUACAUCCAUAAUAACAAGCCUAAAGUUAAAGAUGCUGUUCAGGCCUUGAAGAGAGACAUAAUAAACACUCUCUCUGAUCGUUGUGAAAUAUUGUUUGAAGAUCUGCUUGUCAAUGAAACACCAGGAAAGAAAAGUAAGAGAAAUUCUGAAUAUCACAUCUUGCCUUGUAGAGUUUUCACUCCCAUUGUGGGAUCCAAUGUGUUGCUUUGUGAUUAUAAAUUUGGUGAUGAGACAAUCAGGGAAAUUCAGGAACGCUUUCUUGAAAUGAUGGACCAAGCUGUUCAAUCAGAUGAUUUGCAUAUUGCUGAGGAAAUGAAUACAGUUGAAGUAAGCCUGCCAAAGGAACUCCAAGAUAAUGCACAACCAAAUCAAGUGACAAAAGAAAUGCUACUAUUGAAACUACAUCAAAAUAUGGGAGUGGUGAUAGCAGUGGCAGUUGCCAUAUCUGCAGUAGCUUUCUCCUUUAACUACUUCAGCGAUUAAGCCUCAGAAAGCAAGAACAACUUCAGAACUCAUGUCAUUACAGAUAUACUGUAAGGAUGCAAGCUUCUUGAACUGAAUACGUUAAGAUAUCUUGUCAUCUAACAAAGCAAUACAUGGCUCUAAAAAGCAAUGGUCUGUCCUCUUUCUGCAUGAAAGUAAUGUAGGUGGGGAAAAGUGAGAGAACUCACACUGACAACUGGCACAAAAAAAGGAUUAAUUUUUCAGGGGACAUCUGAAAGAUAAGACACCGAUUUGAACUUUCUCCUUACUUAAUAAAAUGUAUAAAAACCCUGCUGAUAUGAUUACUUGUGCUUUUUUAGGAAAUGCUGGAACUGUAUGAUAGGUAAUACAAGUUCCAGUUUUUUUUAAUGAACCCAUAAGUGGUUUUUUUUCAAUUACACACUGUGAUUAUUUAUCAUCCUUGAUUCAUCUACACCUGUCCUAGAGUAUAUGUGAGUAUACAGUAUGUGUACAUAUGUAUUUAUUUCACAGUGCAGAUAGCCUAUGCCAACCAUGAUGGAUACCGGUGACUCUGUUAUAUAAUAAUAUAAGACAGUUAGUUGCUAUGAUGGAAUAAGACAGUUGCUAUGAUGGAAACCCCAGCCAAGGGCUCAUUGGAAUACAAUAUAUUUUACUUGCCUGUGAAAUGCAAAAAGAAUAACUUUAUACCUCUGAGAGAGAUUCCAGAGAUUGGGGUCUAUUACAGAGAAGGUUUGUCAAUAUGCCCAUGUUCUCUUUGUGAUGCUUUCAGAAGGAGGAAUGGUCCAUAUACCUUUCUCUCCCUCCCUCUCC